AUUACGUCAGUGUAGUACCUACAAUAGCCCCAAGUGCGCGGUAGUAUGUGGAUAUUUCGCGAGCGAAACUCGUAUGCACCUAUAUUUUAUAUGAAUAAUUACAUCGAUUGUUUCAAAACUUUUGCAAAUUCGUCAGUGACAAAAUAAAAAGUAUGAUAGUGAUACUCCGAUUUUUCGAUUUCUUCUUCUUUGUGUUGGGGAAAAUAGUCGCCCCUUUUUAUUCCUACUACGCUAAUCGUCCGCGAAAACCUCUACCAGCGCUGAAUGAACCAGAAAUUUUGACUUUGAGCGCAACGAGUUUAGCUGAAAAAAUUAGGACCAAAGUACUCACCAGUGAGCAGGUUGUGAAAGCUUUCGUUGAACGUUGUCAACAAGUCAAUGGACAAGUAAACGCUAUUUUUGAAGAUCGAUUCGAAGAGGCUAUAAAAGAUGCUAGAAAUGCCGACCGCUUUAUCCAGAGUUAUGAAAAAUCAGUCGAAGAACUCGCUAAAGAGAAGCCUCUGAUGGGAGUUCCAAUCACGUUUAAAGAAUGCUUGAUGGUUAAAGGCUCUAGUUAUACUUCGGCAGUUCCAUCGAGAAAGGGCAUAAAAGCCGACGUAGAUGGAGAUGCAGUAGCUGCUUUGAGAAAUGCAGGAGCUAUACCAAUCGCUGUUACGAACUUGCCUAAACUGUCCGGCUGUUUGGAAACUUAUAAUGAUAUGAUAGGCUAUACGAGUAAUCCGUAUGAUCCCAAUUUGACCUCUGGCGGGUCUUCUGGCGGAGAAGCUGCCCUAAUCUCAGCAGCUGGUUCGGUUAUAGGUGUUGGGUCAGAUUAUGAUGGAUCAAUUCGAAUACCUAGUCACUUUUGUGGUAUAUUUGGACACAAACCUACCCAAGGUAUCGUUUCUCAAACUGGUCAUCUUCCAAGUAGUCCCGACGAUGUUUGGCAAAAAAGAAACUCAAUAGGACCUAUGUGUCGUUACGCGGAGGAUUUGAAAUUAACUCUGGCUAUUAUGACCGGUGAAAAAAAUGCGAGCUCGUUGAAUCUGUACGCAAAUGUAAAUUUGAGCGAAUUGAAGAUUUAUUAUAUGCUCGAUCGAGGCUUCAAAAUAACCGAAGAAUCAGUCGAUCCGGAUAUUAAAAAAGCUAUUCUCAAAGCAGCCGAACACUUACGAAGUACAUACAAAAGCUCUGUUCAAAAAAUCCAAAUUGCCGAAAUGGACGACACCAGUGAAAUGUGGAUGGCACACGAUGCCCUAAUAGAAGAUUUCGAUUCAAUAACAAUGAGCAUGGAAGAUCCAUUAUUGGACGAGGACGACUCUAGUGUGAUUAAAGAACUCCUGAAAUUUUUUAUGAAUAAAGAUCGCUUUGCGUUGGAUAGGUUGAUGGCGGAAUGGUAUAUGGCAGUUGACCGCCCUUUGUUAACUGGUACAAAAAUACACCUGUACAUGUUAGAAGCGAAAAAGUUAACUAAACGUCUCAAGAAAUUAUUGAAAGAAGAUGGCGUUCUAUUCUACCCAACAAGUGGUUGUUUGGCAUGCUACCAAAUGCAAUUAUUCUGGAAAGGUGCAUCUUUGGACUAUGCGGCGAUUGUAAACAUACUGGGGUUUCCAGCCACUCAUGUUCCCAUGGGAUUGAAUAAAAACGGCAUCCCAGUAGGUUUUCAGGUAAUUGCUGCCCCUAAUCAAGAUCGUCUUUGUUUCGCCGUUGCUGAAGAACUUCAGAAAGCAUUUGGUGGAUGGAAGCCUCCGCCAAUGAUCUCAUAAUAUUAUUAUUUGUUGAUUUCCCCCCCCCCCCCAGUUAAUAACCUACCUAUUUACUUUAUGGUUAUCUAAUAAAGCUAAUUUUUCAA